CUGAGGAUUGUGAUACUGGGAGUCUGUGGAGCUGGAAAGAGUUCAAUAGCAAAUGCCAUACUGGGUCGAGAGGCAUUUAAAGAGAGCAGAACCAGAGAGAGUGAGAAACAGAAAGGGAGAAUAGAAGACAGAAACAUCUCCAUCAUCGACACUCCAGGAUUCUUCAACACUCAACUGACUGAUGAAGAGAUGAAGAAUGAAACGAUGAAGAGUCUGUACCUCUGUUAUCCUGGUCCUCACGUCUUCCUGCUCGUCAUCAACCUGGGAAACUUUGAGGAGGAGCAGAGGAACCUAGUGGAGCAAAUCCAGGAGAACUUUGGAGCUCAAGCUUUGAAGUUCACAAUGAUUCUGUUUAUUGGAAGAGAAAAAAUAACACUUAGAAAAUGGAAGCUCGUUAUGGAUAGUAGAAAGUUUCAGAACCUCAUCAAACACUGCAGAGGUAAAUAUCAUGAGAUCAACAGUAAAAGGGAGAUAAUUCAAACUCACAUCACAAAGCUUCUAGAGAAGAUUGAUGAAAUCGUCAAACAAAAUGAUGGCCAGCAUUAUGACAUUUCCAUUUACUUAAGAACUCCACUAAAGGGUAGAAAAGAAAAGAUAAAACAAGAGAAAGAAACGAAAGUCCAAGAGACAAAACAAGAGCAGAUAGAAAUAGUGCGGGAGACGAUUCACGUGCACAGUCUAAAGGAAAAGAGCACAACACAUCGUGUGACUGAAAAGAAAGAUUAUUUUGCAAAAAUAGUGACAAAAAUUGAGAUAACUGAAUUAUAUGAAGACAGAUUCUCCAGAGGUCCACACGAAAACAGGCAUGAUGAAGAGGAGGCAGUCAAAUCACAGAGAAACUCUUUUACAGAAACAAAUACAGUCCAGAACCCAGAAAAAUAUUGGGAAACAAGCGGAGCAGGAAAAUGGGACCAGAAGAAACAACAUACAGCAAGAGAACAUCAUCCAACCCAAGCAGUGUCACAGUCCAUACAGAACAGACAUAUGAAACUUGGAAAGCACACAGAUCUCAGGAUCGUGAUGGUGGGUAAAACUGGAGCUGGAAAGAGCGCCACAGGAAACACCAUCCUGGGACGAAAGGAGUUUAAAGAAGAAUUUUCUCCUGAAUCUGUGACUCAGAAAUGCCAACAACAUCAGCAGACGGUAGAAGGUCGAAACGUCUCAGUGAUCGACACUCCAGGACUGUGUGACACAUCAAUCAGUGAAGAUCAACUGAAGAAUGAAUUAGUGAAGUGUGUCUACAUGUCUGUUCCUGGUCCUCAUGUGUUUCUGCUGGUCAUGAGACUGGACGACAGAUUCACAAAGGAACAGAAACACACAAUGAAAUGGAUUCAGGAGAACUUUGGAGAAAAAGCUGCUUGUUACACAAUCGUUCUGUUCACUAGAGGAGAUCAGUUAAAAACACCUAUAGAGGAGUUUCUGACAAAAAACAAGCGGAUUAAUGAUCUAGUUAUAAAGUGUAAAGGCGGUUAUCAUGUGUUCAAUAACACAGAUGAAGAAAAUCGAUCACAGGUCACUGAACUGCUGGAGAAGAUAGAGAGAAUGGUGAAGGAGAAUGGAGGAGACCAUUACACAAAUGAGAUAUACAAGGAAGCUCAGAGGAAAAUAGAGGAAGUAGAGAAGAGGACGAGAGAGGAAGAGGAGAGACGGAAGAUAGAAGAAGAAGAAAAGAUAAGGGAUGAUGAAAGAAUGAGUUUGUUAACUAAGGCUAAAGGAGUGGCAUUAGUGGGAACAGUGUGUGUAGGAGCAGCAGUUGCUACAGGAGCACUAAGUCCAGCUUUAAUCUCAGGAGCAGUAGUUGCUGCACGAACACUAAGUCCAGCUUUAAUCUCAGGAGCAGCAGUUGCUGGAGAUGCUGUACUGGCCUCUAUUGCUAAAGGAGCCACACUAUCGGAAGCUUUAAAGGCAGGAGUCGUAGCUGCUGGAAAUGCAGCACUGGCCUCUGUUAAUAGUGGAGCAUCACUACCUGCUUCUUUCAUUGAAAGCAAGAAAUCAUGUACACAACAAAAUCCCCAGAGUUAA